GUUCGAGAUCUGGCACAGAGAAGCUUAGGCCUGCACCGAUGGGCAGUACCAAGAAGCCUGGCAUGACUGCAGAGCUGCAGGUGCACGAAAGAAGGAGCAUUAAACACGAUGCUGUGACUGUGUUGCUGUGUGGUGCGUGCAGUCGCUGUACGAUGACAUCAAGGCAGCGAUGCCGCAGCAGCGGCAAAACUACGACAAGUGGCUACUGACGCUGCCCGACGACUUGAAGAAGUCGCUGGUGGGUGACCUCGAGGCCAUCGGCCUCUCACUCGACGUGGCCUCGGGCCGCGUGAGCUACAUGCCUUCGUUUGAGCCCGUCAAGCUGCCCUACGAGCUGUGCUACAUCAGACACGGCAAGACCGAAGGCAACACGGAGCCGCGCAUCUACCAGGUGAGAGGGCAGACAAGCACGCUGCCCCUUGAGUGAGAUGCAUCUUUGUCUGUUUGUUUAUGGUUGGUUGCAGGGACAGGUGGACUAUCCUGAGAACCAAAUCAACGAGAUCGGCAUCCAACAGGUCACCCUCACGCAUUUCACACGCUAAUUUUACUGCAUGCAUGAGCCAUGAACCCUGCUGCUGUGCUCUGUUCUGUGUGCUGAUGUAGGCCGAGGAGGCAGCUGACAAGAUGGAGGCCGAGUACCAGAAGGGGUGGAAGCCCGACCUCAUCGUAUACAGCCCACUCGGACGGGCUAAGGUCACUCACACAACAAUCGCCAACCUUUGUACACCCACACACCCACUCCGGCCUAAUGUUGUGGCUGUGGUUGUCUCCUCCCUCAGCACACGGGCGAGGCGUUUGCCAAGCGGCACCCGGACAUCCCCACUGUCGUCGUCGACGCCACCAAAGAGAUGGCAUUCGGCGAGUGGGACAACCUCAUGGUACCCACACACCACACCACACACACCAUGAGCACAGUCAUCCAUCUGUGUCGCGUGACGUCACUCCCCCAGGUGAAGGAUUUGUGCAAGACGAGCAUCGGGCACCUGUUUUACCUGGAGCAGAACGCCAUGGUCAAGCCCGACGUGCCGCACAGCAGCCCCUCGGGACCCAUACCGGCCGAGAACUUCUGCCAAGUGCUCAUCCGACUCAGGCAGGCACUCACCGACAUCGGCAAGAUGCCGCAUCUGCAGGGAAAGCAACACGCCAAGGUGACAAGACACACACACACGCACGAGAAACAUUCUCUCUCACAUCUCUCUCUGUGUUAGUGCGUUUGUUUGUGUAGGUGUUGAUGUACGGGCAUUCGAUGGCGGGUGCGGCAGUGCAGAUGCUGUUGGGUCACGGGAUGGGCGACGAGAAGGGCUUGGGGUUCGACGGAAGGUACAUCAUGCCCAACGCCACGCCCUACAUGCUGCCAGCCAAGAAACCUGACACCAUCAACAAGGGCGGCUAGGGUAGGGGAGGUGUGGGUGUACUGCUGCUAGUAGGGCAGAGCGGGGCGGGACGGAGUGAGGUAGGGGUAUUUUGUGGUGCGUGGGGAUUGGUGGCCCGGGUGGUGUCUGUCUGUCUAUGGAUGGAUGGAUGUGCUCCCCUUGCUCACAGUUUUGGCAGUUUUCCGUGGUUUCUUGAUGUGUUCGUGCGGUGGUGCAGUUUCUUGCGUGUCGAUACCUACCUACCCGACGGACAUGUCCACUUGUGUUCCACGCGAUGAUUGAUGACCUGUGGACGCUGCCUUCACGUAACACCUCUCCCCUCUC